AUGAGCGGUGCAAUCCAGCCAGUUCCCGGAGCAAAGCCUCUAUCCAUGUGGCAACAGUACGGUCCUUCCGAGAAGACUGUUCGUGGAAUUGUGAUUGGAGGAAUCACUGGAGGAAUUGAGAUUUGUAUCACAUUUCCAACAGAAUAUGUUAAGACUCAAUUGCAACUGGAUGAAAGAUCAGCUACUCCUAAGUUCAAAGGUCCAAUUGACUGUGUGAAGCAAACAGUCAAGGGACACGGUUUCUUUGGAUUAUACAGAGGUCUCUCUGUUCUUCUUUAUGGAUCCAUCCCAAAGUCGUCCUUCAGAUUCGGUACUUUCGAAUAUCUCAAAUCCCAAGCAGCCGACGAACGAGGAAACCUCACUCCAGUCAUGCGACUUUUGUGUGGAUUGGGAGCCGGACUUUCUGAAGCCGUGUUCGCUGUCACACCCAUGGAGACGGUCAAAGUCAAGUUUAUUCAUGACCAAGGACUUGCACAACCAAAAUACAAGGGAUUCGUACAUGGAGUCGGAUGCAUUGUAAAGGCCGAGGGGCUCGGUGGAAUCUACAAAGGAGUGACAGCGACGAUGGCGAAACAAGGAUCCAAUCAGGCGAUCCGAUUCUUCGUUAUGGAGACGUUGAAGGAUUGGUAUCGCGGCGGAGAUAACACCCAAACCAUCUCAAAGCCAAUUGUCGGUUUGAUGGGAGCAGUGGCUGGUGCUGCAUCCGUCUAUGGAAAUACUCCAAUUGAUGUGGUCAAAACCAGAAUGCAAGGGUUGGAAGCAAAGAAAUACAAAAAUACCCUCGACUGCGCCAUGCAGAUCUGGAAGAAGGAAGGAUUCUUCGCUUUCUACAAGGGAACUGUUCCCCGUCUCUCUCGUGUCUGCUUGGACGUAGGUAUCACGUUCAUGAUCUAUGAUUCCAUUAUCGAGUUCCUCGAUUCCUACUGGAAGAAGAAGUAA